UUGGGUUUGGGUUUUCUUCAGUCAAAAUUAGGGUUUCGGAAUUGAGGAUUGAUUGCUGAAUUGGGACUUUAGGGGAAGUUGUUACUGGAGAUGAUUAUAAAGAAGAGCUUGAAAACGGUAAUGUCGAGUUUGAAACGGUGUCGUGUGAGUGAUUCGGGAGCGGAUGACGACGACUUUUCUGGGAAUAAUAAUCGGAAGAAGAGGAAGAGUAGUAGUGGUUAUUACCCUUUGCAUCUGCUUGGUGAGGUUGCCGCUGGUAUAAUUCCGUUUAAUGGUUACCGUAUUCAAACAAUUCUAGCCGCCGGAGGUGACGGUGGAGCUGCGGCGGCAGCGGCGGCAUCGUGGUGCACGGAGGUUUCACGCUGCGCUGGUGAGGCUGAGAUGAAUUCUGUGCCGAAACAGAGGAGUAAUCCAGUGAAUGAGGCUUCACGGCCGCCAUUAGUGAGGACUUCAAGGGGGCGUGUUCAGGUACUUCCGUCUAGAUUUAAUGACUCUGUUCUCGAUAAUUGGAAGAAAGAGAAGAGUAAAACUACUGUAAAAGAAUCAACUUUGGACCCUGAAUUUAAUCCGUAUAGAGAAAAGGGUAGCUUGAAAAACGCCAAACGUGAAAUUGGAACUAAGAAGCGUGUGGAUGACAGGGUAAAUUACCAAUGUCGUGUGUUUUCGCCCAAUGGAACAGUAGAAAUUGGGUAUAAUGGGUCAAAGCGUUUAGAUAGUAGGAAGUAUUCUACUUCUCGCAGUACAUUAACAUCAUUACAUGAGCGAUUGAGAGAUGCAGACACGCUUGAUGGGGAGUUUGAUGAAGCUAUAGAUUUAAGCGGUACUGAUGCAAUGGUGAAGCAGGGGGGAGGGAGGAGAGCUUAUAGGCUUGGUCAUGCAGGUUUUAAUUCAGGUGACAUAGUUUGGGCAAUAUCUGGAAGACAUUGUCCUGCUUGGCCGGCAAUUGUACUUGAUUCAGAGACACAAGCUCCUCAACAAGUUCUAAAUUAUCGUGUUGCUGGAACAGUAUGUGUCAUGUUCUUUGGUUACUCUGGAAAUGGAACGCAAAGGGAUUAUGCAUGGAUUAGACGCGGGAUGCUAUUUCCAUUUCAGGAACAUGUAGACAGGUUUCAGGGGCAGACUGACUUGAAUGACAGCACACCUGCUGAUCUUCGCUCUGCCAUAGAAGAGGCGUUUCUUGCUGAAAAUGGCGUUGUUGAGAUGUUGAUGGUUGAAAUAAAUGCAGCAGCUGGUAAUCUAGAUUAUCUCCGGUCUCUUCCCCGAGGAGUAUUUGAGGCCUGUGAUUCAAAUCAGGACCAAGAGUGUAACUCUCCAAGCCAGGCACGUUUCAAGGGACUGUUGAAGAAGAAAGAACUUGACUCUUGUGAUGCUUGUGGAUCAAGUCUUUCGUCUAAGCCAUCCAGGAAAUUGAACGACUCAACUCUUAGGAGCCAUCGUCUGUGUACUGCUUGUGCGAGGUUAAAGAAGAGUAAACAUUAUUGUGGCGUAUGCAAGAAGAUUCGGAAUCCCUCAGAUAGUGGAACUUGGGUACGUUGUGAUGGUUGCAAAGUGUGGGUGCAUGCUCAGUGUGACAAAAUUUCAAGCAGAAAUUUAAAGGAGCUGAGUACCUCUGAUUACUAUUGUCCAGAAUGCAGAGCAAGAUUUAACUUUGAAUUAUCAGACUCAGAAAACAUGAAUUCUAAGGCUAAAAACAACAAAAAUGAUACUCAGGCAGUAGCAUUACCAGACAAGGUUUCUGUUAUCUGCUCAGAUGUGGAAGGCAUUUAUUUCCCAAGGCUUCACCUAGUUGUCUGUAAGUGUGGAUAUUGUGGAGCACAAAAACAGGCACUUAGUGAAUGGGAGCGGCACACAGGUUCUAAAAUAAAAAACUGGAAGACCAGUGUCAGGGUGAAGGGUUCUUUGCUACCUCUAGAACAAUGGAUGCUGCAAAUGGCGGAGUAUCAUGCUCAGAAUGUUGUUUCUACCAAAUCAGUUAAACGUCCUUCUUUAAAAGUACGGAGACAAAAGCUGCUUAGCUUUCUCCAAGAAAAAUUUGAACCUGUUUAUGCAAAGUGGACCACAGAAAGGUGUGCAGUAUGUCGAUGGGUUGAAGAUUGGGACUACAACAAAAUUAUUAUAUGCAUUAGGUGUCAAAUUGCUGUUCAUCAAGAAUGCUAUGGAGCAAGAAAUGUUCGUGAUUUCACUUCAUGGGUCUGCAGAUCUUGCGAGACUCCUGAGAUUGAACGGGAGUGUUGUCUGUGUCCUGUGAAAGGAGGUGCUUUGAAGCCCACAGAUAUACAGCAAUUGUGGGUUCAUAUUACUUGUGCUUGGUUCCAACCUGAAGUUUGUUUUGCUAGUGAUGAGAAAAUGGAGCCUGCAGUUGGAAUUUUGAGAAUCCCUUCAAAUUCUUUUGUAAAGAUAUGUGUGAUCUGCAAACAAAUUCAUGGUUCCUGCACACAAUGUUGCAAGUGCUCGACUUACUACCAUGCCAUGUGCGCAUCAAGGGCUGGGUAUCGCAUGGAGCUACACUGCUCGGAGAAAAAUGGGAAGCAGGUUACAAGAAUGGUCUCAUAUUGUGCCUACCACAGGGCUCCUAAUCCAGAUACUGUUCUCAUCAUUCAGACUCCCAAAGGGGUAUUCUCUGCAAGAAGCCUUCUUCAAAACAAUAAGCGCACAGGUUCACGUCUAAUUUCAACAAGCAGACUGAAACUUGAGGAGGCUCCAGCAGCAGAGAUAGAAGAGAUUGAGCCAUUCUCUGCAGCAAAAUGUCGUGUUUAUAAUCGAUUGCGUGAUAAGGGAGCAGGAGAAACUGCCAUUGCUCACCACGUGAGGGGACCCUGUCACCAUUCUUCAAGUUCAAUGCGGAGUUUGAGCAUUAUUAGAGAUGUCAGGGGAUCCAAAACAUUUUCUACUUUUAGGGAGCGGCUUCGUGAAUUGCAGAGAACAGAAAAUGAUCGGGUUUGCUUUGGUAGAUCUGGGAUACAUAGAUGGGGUUUGUUUGCUCGUAGAAAUAUCCCAGAAGGAGAGAUGGUUCUGGAGUAUCGUGGUGAGCAGGUCAGACGCAGUGUUGCAGAUUUGAGGGAGGCACGAUAUCGUGUUGAGGGAAAAGAUUGCUAUCUAUUUAAGAUUAGUGAAGAAGUUGUGGUUGAUGCUACUGAUAAGGGAAACAUUGCACGUUUAAUUAACCAUUCAUGCAUGCCAAACUGCUAUGCACGGAUCAUGAGUGUAGGAGCUGAUGAGAGUCGGAUUGUACUUAUCGCAAAGGCAAAUGUGGCUGCUGGUGAUGAAUUAACGUACGACUACUUAUUUGAUCCAGACGAAUGUGAGGAUUUCAAGGUUCCUUGCCUGUGUAAAGCCCCAAACUGCAGAAAGUUCAUGAAUUAGGUUUCACAUUUCCAUAAAAAAAUUUACCUCCAGAAGAUCUAACCAUUACGCGCUCUGCUAUGCUAUACCUGACCUCACAGCUUGCUAUAAUUAGUGAUUUUACAGAAUUUAUGUAAUCUUUAGCGUUACGUUUCUUCUAGGGUAUUUCUUUCCAUAGAUGAUUUGGGGUCUCAAUAAUAUUGGCAAAAGUUGGGUCUGAGUUUUUAUGUAUAGAUUCAGACAAGGCAGAUAGUUUUUUUUUUUUCUUCCUCCUUCUGCCGUUAAACACAUAUGUAAACCCCUUCUCUCUUUAUUUUGUGGG